GUAAGUGAAGACAUUAUAUUACACGGAAUUCGUUCUGUUAUCAACUUAUCAAACUGUUGUUUAAACAAAAAUAAUAAUCUGUGCUUAAAUUGAUGUGAGGGUGAAAGGCUUAAAACUGCCCAUUAUGUUAGAGAAAGAACAGUCCGAGGCACGAGGCUGUUAUUCCGCUGUCAAAAUGGAAAGUUUGAGGCUUUUCACCUACUUAAAACAUGUAGACAACGAGGUCUAAAUGAAUUUCAUGGCACUAUUGUCAACUUACUGGACACUGUCACACCAUUUGUAAAGAUACUAAUCAUGUAGAUCUCUUAGGCAAAUAAAAACAAUACGCUCAUUUACAUGUACAUAUAAAUUGUAAAUAUUUUUUUGAUUAUUAUUUAAAAUAAUCACUUUUAGAAUACUACCUAUAUUUAUUGCCAAUGAAUUUGCAGUGAGCGUAGCGAAGAUUUUAAUUCAUGUCAUCUUAUUAUAUCUUAAAAUUCAACUUCUACGGAUAUAUAACAAGUGCAAACUGUGUUUUCAUUAUACAUUAUUCACUCAAUCACGGUCAUUGAGUUGUUACAACCUAAAUUUGGAAUUUUAUCAAAAUCAACAUUUUAUAAUUAUUUAUUAAACCUUAAGGCCACACCAAAUUAAUGUUUAGUUCCUCGGAUGUUUGCCAAAAAAAAAUUGGAGCGGACGAGCGAAAAAAAACCGAAGCGAGCGAAGAGCGCAAAAUUUAUUUUUCCUUGUAUUCAAUAUAAGUAAGAAAGAUUGUUCAAAAAAUUGCCCUUACACCCAUUUUAAUGCCAUCUUGAACUGAACCUCUAAUGGACAUUGGGAAAAUGUCGGAAUACAUACUAUUUAUUCAUUCGUGUUUAGUACAAACAUUAUAUGGAUAAAUCUAAUUUCUUAUAUAAUUAAAACGUACUUUAAUAUGACGACCAUUCAUAAUAAUAAAUAACCCUGCUUUUAGUAAAAAGUUUGAAACGACUUAUAUAAAUCUACCUGAAUCAGUUUAACAUCAUAUGCAACUGUAUUUAGACAUAACUUAGGAUUGAAUUUGGAUUUGUAAAAAAUGAUCACUUACACAGGCAUCAUCAAACAUCAGACUCCAUAUAACAUAGACUAAAUUUUGUUUUUAUUAUCACAGAAAAUGCAAUGACAUGUGCUUAUUAAAACAAAAAGAACAAGGGUAUUUUUCAGAGUACUUUUUUUGGUUAUUUAGAUUUUUUUAUGCACCAGCCAAUUGUAUAUGCCCCCCCCCCAGUCCGGAAUAGCGGGGACUUUGACUUCCGGUCUCUCAAAAACCAGGUAAAAUACCCGACCUGCAGGGACACACUGCUGGUAAAAUCCCUGCCAAAUGGCCCCGCAACCCCGAAUACCUAUGUGAGGCCCAUUCCCGACUAGUUUCAAUAUGAAGACAAAACCACAUUCACUAGGCACUGCGGGGCCACCUGAAAGGUAAAAACAAAGCCCAUUGCCUCUGCUGUCCCCGGUAUACCCCUGGAACAAGGGCGAGGGGUGGGCGGGGCAGUAGUUACAUUUGACAAGUGCAUUACAAUCCCAGAUUAUGCUGCAAAUGAAAACAAAAUAUAAGGUGAUAAACUUAGGCUUACUUAUGUUGAGGUAUAUGUUUUGUCAGAAUUUGAUCAAAACUGAUCUUGAUAAAUAAAUUUGGACCAAACAAUGACUCAUGUUCCAGUUAAGUUGACCUGUCAUCUUCAGCAUCGUCGUAACGAGGUAAAAUGUUUGUCCCUUGUAUUAAUGACUUGAAUAAAAUAGUACUAAGUUGAUCUUUCAGAUUUCCAUUCAAAACGAGUCACUAAUUACGCAAUAUAAUCGCCACCAGUCUCAAAUACACAUGCUUUAUUGCAAAAUGAUUGCUUUAAACAAUGAUCCAUUAGUGCAAGAGACGAUCAACAAUGACUUCAAGCAUGCUCAAAACAUACUUAUUGUCAAAAAUAAGACUUAAUUUCCAAACUUCGAGCCACAUUGUUUAUACCGGAAGCCGCCAUUUUUAUUGAAUUUAUUGAAACCCAUGCUAAACCGAUCGAUAUACAGUAUAAAAAAAAACUACGCAUCGGUAACUUCCUUUUACAAAAACACGAAAACUAGCGUAGAAAAAUUAUACUUGAUUAUAUUUAGCCUUUUAAUAAAUUAUUACCUGAAAAUCUGCUUGGCGAUCAAAAUGGAGGUGCGGGCGCACAAAAAAAUUAUAUUUUUUUACAUUUUCAAAAACAUAGGAGCGGUAAAUCCGCGGAACGAAAUAUCAAUUUGGUGUGGCCUAAUAAAAGAAGAGUUAAAAGGUAUGUUUUCUACAAAUAAGUGCAUAGUGUUACAUAGAACAAGAACAGCACGUCUUGAUUCUACCAUACUACUAUUUCUUCUGACUGCCCAUUAUUAGAACAAUGACUGUCCAUUAUUUGAAAAAUGACUGUCCAUUAUUGAAAUAUUGGACAGUCCAUUAUUGAAAUAUUGGACAGUCCAUUCUAGAAAUAUUGGACAGUUAGUAGAAAUAAAGUACAGAACGCAGUCCAAUAUUCUAUAUAGAGUACAAACAGAACAAUGGAUGACGUCACCAACAUGUUUAAGUAAUUAUUUUUGAUACAACUUCGCACUGUAUACAUAUCUACAACAGAAAUAUAAAGCUAAAGCAGACAUGAGCUUAACAGUAUAUUUUAGAAUGGUCUCGUUUUGCCAUCACAAUACAUCACCACAGUACAAUUUUUAUUAACUACAAAAUUAUGAUGUCAUACUGUUUCUCAUACUAAAAGUACCAUUUCUGGCUCACGUUGUACAUAAAGAAUACUUGGUUAGUGUUGAAUACAGGUCAAGUUUAUCAUGCGUGGCUUAGAAAAUAAUAAUAAAACGAGUCAUGAAUAUAUAUCUUAUCAUCGAUCUUUUCCUUUAUUGUCACAAAAAUGCACUCAAUUCAUUAAGUAUUUUCAGCGCUUUCAUUUUAUGCUUAAAAUGCCAUUUACGUCGUUUGUUUCAUUAACAUCCAUCAAUGGAAAUUAAAGACCUGAGAAAACCCAUUCACAUCGGAUUAAAAGGACCAUUUUUCACUAUUUCACCUCAAUAGUUAUAGUUUUACUUAUCCCCCGCCGCCCGCUAAACCUCUUUGGACACUCUUGUGACCAUUUGAGCAGACUGCUUGAUAUCUCUAUCGUCGGAUACCGCCGAUACACACAACGCUCUGCUUCGUUGUGUAUGUAUGAACAGAAGUGUAACGGAAGAAGGAACCGUGUCCAACUUGAACCAUGGCAGCGAAGACUCAGUCCCAUCUCCUCGUGGCUGCAUUCGACUUUGGGACCACGUAUAGCGGUUAUGCAUUUUCCUUCCGAAAUGACCCGCUAAGAGUGCAAACCAACGGGACUUGGUAUUCCGGAGGGGCAGGAAAACUGAUCUCUCUCAAGACGCCAACAAGUGUGCUUCUGAGUCCAGAGGGCGAGUUUAACUCUUUUGGAUUUCAAGCUGAAGACCGCUAUGCGAUUAAAGCGGAAGAUGACAAACACCAUGGAUGGCGCCUGUUUAGGCGUUUUAAGAUGGUUUUACACAACAAUAAGGAUCUUUCCAGAGACACAACUGUGGAGGACAUAGAAGGCAACUCUCAUCAAGCUCUACCAAUCUUCUCCAUGGCGAUCAAGUUUCUACAAAAACAUCUCCUACAGGCGGUAGCAAACCAGACGGUGGGUGUGCUAGAAAAGGACAUUUGCUACGUCAUCACGGUGCCCGCUAUCUGGGAUGACAAUGCAAAGGAGUUCAUGAGAAUGGCUGUCAAAGAGGCUGGUCUCGAUGAAACCCGAGUAACACUUGCACUCGAACAGGAAGCUGCCUCGAUCUGGUGUGAGACACUGGAUGUUGACACAAGGGCUGCGCUGGCUGGAACCGGAACUCAGUAUAUGGUUAUUGAUCUAGGAGGUGGCACCGCAGAUAUCUCUAUCCACGAGAAGAAACAGGACGGCACUCUGAAGGAAAUACAUCAGCCGAGCGGUGGACCAUGGGGCGGAAUUUACGUUGACGCAAACUAUCUCAAAUUCUUGGAGCACGUUUUUGGAGAGAAGGCUAUUACUGCGCUUAAGACGGAGGAAAUGACCGACUACUUUGACGUCAUCAGGGAAUUUGAAACAAAGAAACGUACCUUUACCAAACAGACAAAGGGCAAAUUUAUGUUCAAAAUAUCUGCAACCACUAGGAAGCUUUCCGAGAAGUUUACAGGACAAAAUCUAGAGCAGAGGAUAGGUAGCCUUGGAUAUGGCGAUUCAGUUGUCGUGAAAGGUGGAGACAAGUUGCGAGUUGAUCCUGACAUCGUUCGUGCUUGGUUUGAUGGUCCUAUAAACAACCUCGUUGACCACGUGAAGAGCCUCCUCAAGGAGCCCAAGCUGAGAGCGGUGCAGACCAUUGUGCUGGUUGGUGGUUUCGGAGAGAGCACGUACGUACAGGAGAGGCUGAGGGCUGAGAUCCCAUACACGCGUCUAAUUGUCCCUGAAGAGGCGGGUCUCGCCGUGCUAAAAGGGGCCGUCAGGUUUGGACACAACCCAGCGAUCAUCACAUCAAGGGUUAUGAAAUACACGUACGGAGUUGAAGUGAGCAUGAUUUAUGAUGAGAAAAUUCACAGCGAAGACAAAAAAUACUUAGAUGAAGAUGGGAAAUUUUGGGUCAGUAACGGUUUCGAUGUGUUUGUUCGCGUAAACGAAAAUGUUCCCAUUGACCACCAAAUAACAAAGGAAUACAUACCUACUGGAUAUAAGACACGCACAACCGUCUACCGUACGGCAUCCGAGAACCCCGUGUACGUGACCGACCCCGGUUGUGAACUGCUCGGGGAGCUGGUGACAGAGUUUCCCCUGGACAUCCCUCUCUCUGAGCUUGGUACCGAUACAACAUUUAUGUUUGGAGGGACGGAGCUUGUGGUAAAAACACGUGUGAGAAAGACCGGAGAAGAGCAGAUCUUGAAACUAAAUUGUCUAAAAUAA